AGGCAAACAAGACCUAACGUGGCGCCCGCGACGGCGCAUUCUCAGGGUCAAAGAAGAAGAAAAAUGGCCACUCAAGAAGACGAAGAAGACGAGAUAAUUAACCCCUUCACAAUGCUCCUAAUCCACGAAGAAGACAAACCAAGCGUCUCCGCUACCCUCCCCGCGGCUGCACCGAACCACCACCUGCUCCAGCACCACCCCCUCCGUUCGAUCCAAUCAACGGUCGCCAUUCGCCAGCUCCCUUCCGAGGGCCUCUCCUUCCAGCUCUGGCCCGCCGCCACCUCCCUCGUCUCCCUCCUCGACCUCCACCGCGAAAACCCUCCCUCCGCCAGCCCCCUCUCAGCCGCGCUCCACGGCCGCCGCCGCAUCAUCGAGCUCGGCUCCGGCACCGGCCUCGUCGGAAUCGCCGCCGCCGCCACCCUCGGCGCCCACGUGACUCUCACGGACCUUCCUCACGUGGUUCCCAAUCUCCGAUUCAAUGCGGACGCCAACGCCGCGGUUGUGGGGCCCACCGGAGGGGUAAUAACCGUCGCGCCGCUCCGUUGGGGCCACGCUGCUGACGUGGAAGCGAUUGGGCGGGAGUUUGAUCUCGUUCUGGCGUCGGAUGUGGUGUAUCACGAUCACCUGUACGAGCCACUGCUCGAAACGCUGCGUUUAAUGAUGCUAAGUGAAAGGAAUGGGAAGAUGGUGUUUGUGAUGGCUCACAUGAGGAGGUGGAAGAAGGAGUCUGCGUUUUUUAAGAAGGCGAGGAAGCACUUCAACGUCGACGUUUUGCACACUGACACGCCUUGUGAUGGGUCUAGGGUUGGUGUUGUUGUUUACCGUUUUGUUGCCAAGGGAUAAUAGGGUUUGCUGAGAGACAUCAAUUCAUAUAGAAUUAUUCUAACUUUUUAAUUUAAUGUAUCUUGCAAAGAAUAUCAAAUCAUUUCCAUUUCAACAGUAUGAUAAAUACAACCAGGAAUAUAUUAGAGAAAGCAUGAGCUAUAGAUGCUCUAGCUAACUUAGGUGGUUUUCUCUUGACAUGAUGAAGUUUAAAACCUGAAUUAGUUGUAAGGAUGUCCCCAGUAUGAUGUAGCAAAAUUCAUAUAUCAUGACACAUUUUGCAUCUCCUUUAUGCAAUCAA